UCUAUGGUGAAAAGGUUGGCGCGGAGCUGUGGAAGUAUGCUACAAGAAAUGUUUAAAUCGUUUUCUACAAGAACAUUGGGAAUAAUUAACUGUAAAUGUCAUUAUAAGUUACCAGCGCAUUAGCACGGCUGUCAGAUCCUGAAGUGUGCGGCUCAUCUUACAGAUUUAUAUCUACCUGCUGUCGUCAGCUCACCACCAGAGAUACAGCAGAUUAACAUGGAUUUAAUGGAUGAACUUUAUGGAGAUCUUGAUGACAAGCCUUUUGGUACUCUGCAUCUCAUUGAAGACUCGGUGGAUAUAUACUCUGGCCUGGAAAACAGCCCUAAGAUUGAUGGGAACAGAUUUAAAGUCAACCCUCUCCUUUCCCCACACACAAUGGAAUCAAUGGAUAUAUAUGAGGACAUUUUCAGGGAAGAACAAGAAGAAAAGGAUGCAACUUAUAAUGAGUUAAAGCACAAAUUUGAUGGAGCUCAAAAGCAAGUUAAGGAACUGUUCUCACAGUUACAGCUACUGCAGACAAAGAAUUCCAGUUUGAACAGUGAAAACAUACUCCUGAAGAAGAACAUUUGUUCUCUCAUCAAGACGGCUAGAAUGGAGAUUGUGCGUAAGGAUGGGGAAAUUAGCAGACUCAGUAACAGGUCUGGUCAAGGAAUUUAUGGUCAAAAUGUUUGUCGAUCUCAAAUGGAAAUUGGUCCGACAAACACAAGGCCUAGUUUGAACAAUUCUACAUGUUCUGUUUUGAUAUCACAAGGUACUAGAAAAGAUAAUGUUCUGAAUGAAGUAAAUCAGCACAAAGGUAGAAACCAGCUGUCGGAUUACUGCACAUAUCCACCAACAACAUCAACUAAAACACCACAACCAUUUGAGGUGCUCCAGAGAUGCCCUAGAACUGAUCUUGACAAUCCUCUGCAGUGUCAGAAUAAAUCUGCUGCUAAAUCUAACAGUAAGACUAUUCACUGUUCUCAGACCCUCACUGUUCAACCAGAGCAGGAGUACAUACCUGUUCAUCCUAACAGAACAUUAGAGAUUGUAAAAAAUCCUACCACAUUUACAGUGGCAGGUGUUUCAAAUGCUCUCAAAACGAAUGACUCUGCACUGAGAGUUCCCGAUAGAACUACUGAUUGUAGUUUGAAAGACAAUAAGAACAGUCCAUCAGAACUAGAAGACAAGUUAGAAAAACCUCAAAAAUGCACAAGCCGAGACAAACAGUGUAACUCGAACGAUGCGAAUGAGUCACAAAAGUCUCAAAGAAGAGAGAACAGCAAGUCAGGAAGAACUGAAAAGGAUCUCAUAAAAGAUAGUUCUGUGUCCAAUGAAAACAGGAAUCAGCAGCCUGAGGUUCCAGUUAAUCUUAAAAGUUCAGAACAGUUGAAAAGCCCUUCCUCGCGGUCACACAAAGCCUCACCAUCUGUCUCUUCCCAGUCAUCCAAAAGUUUAGUUAAGACCGCUGCAGAAGUAGAGACACAGAGUCAAAGGCAAUUGAAUAAUCAAAAUGCAGACAGAAUUAGCAGAGAAACAAAACCCUCUGGAUUGAGCACCACAACUUGUACUGUGGUGGAUGAAGCAAGCCAUUCCCAAAGCCACAAAGGGAAGAAAAGAGAUUCAAGUGGCCAUGAAAGGAACAAGGAGAAAAGUUUCAGUGCAGAAAGGAGGAGCAGCAGAACUGAAAGAAGCAGAAACCAUGAGCAGAAGAGGCAGAAGGAGAGUGACAGGAGUAAAAGAAAUGAGGGUAACAACAGCAGUAGUAGUAGCAAAGAAAGAAGCAACAGAUCAGACAGUAGCAAAGAGUAUGAGCGAAGGAGUGUGCGGGAAAAGGAUAAUAAAGAUGAAGAUAAAAGAUCUAAGAAACAAGUUGAUGCUUGUGGGCAAGCUUUUUCUUCUGCCAUAUGUGAUUUUCAACACAAGGAUGUUUAUAAGGAGAAAUCAUCGAAAAGCAAAGGGUCUCACAUCUAUGAUAACAAAACUAGAAAGAUGGAGGAUUUCAAAUGCCCUGACAAAAAUGGAAAUUCUGAUGAGAAUUGUUUUGGAGCCAAGGGUAUAGACAAGGACAGGAAAAGAAAAAAAGGUGGACAUUUGGAGCAUAGGGUACAUAAGCACAAAGCAUCAAAAAAUUAUCUUACCAAAGAUAAUAGAAAUAGCUCUCCUAAAGGGCACAAUGUUGUUGGAAAAGGUCAAGAUAGUAAGAGCGAGCAAGACAGACACCUUGAAACUGCGUCACCAUCAAUGGUAGCUGUCGGCAGUGAUCCCUGCAAAACAACUGAGGAUAAUAGUCCAAACAGAAAACUGAGUUUCAUGGAAACACUGAAUCUUACCCUAUCACCUCUUAAAAAACAAAAGCAGUCCUCUGAUCCAAGAGAAGCCAUUGGAGUAACAUCUAAAGAUGCCUCACCUGAAAAUAGCAACUUAUCUGAUCCUGGGGAGGAGUUCUUUGUCAUAGAUGAAUUAAAGGACAGCCAGGACAAUGUUGAGCAAGAGGAUGUGGACCCUCUGCCCACAGCUCCAAGUAAAACAGAAGACUUUACCAGUUCUUGCAAACAUUCUGGACAAGUUGUUGAUCUUUUCACCGCUGUAGUCUCCGAGAAGCCCUCAGUUGAACAAACAGAUAUGGAUGUACAAGAAGAGAAUGCCAACAAAAGUCAAGAGGCUGUGGACAAAGUGCCAGUGAUUGAUAAAAGCAAAGAGGAGAAAAAGACCAAGAUUUCAGAAUCCAAUAUGUUAGACAAAGAUUCAUUAUCAAAAUUAACCCUUACAAGAGAAUCUCCAAAUCAUGUAUGUAAUAACGGCACUGAAGACUCCCUGAGAUUUGUAAAUAAUUCUGUGUUCUCUAAAAAUUUGCCUAUUAAAACGUCAGAAGUGGCAGUUCCAGAUAAUAUUCCUGAUUCAAGAGUUGAAGGUUAUCAGCAGCAAGAUCCUUUUACCAAUGUAUCUGAGGAAACAAAAAGGAGUCCUCCGAUCAAGUCUCAGGAUUUACCACCAAGAUCAAAUGGGAUAUGUCAAGAUGAUGUGUCAUCCUCAGACAAGGCACAAAGUAUUCCUAAAAUUAAUUCUUCUAGGAUUUCUGAUAGUUCUGUCAACAUGGAAGUUUCCUCUAGCACAAUUAGUGCAGAUAUUGUUGAGCCAAGCAAAAUUAUUUGUGAUUUUGAAGAAGUGUAUACUUCCACCACUGUUGGAGAGAAGACCAUGUCAUCUUCACAACCUGGUUUCCCAGAGCCAGAUUCCACAGAGAAAGAGGAACAGAGCACAAAGUCAUCAAACCCUGUUUUGUUUUGCCCUGAUGAAGACUCCAUGAUGCUUACUCUUAAGAACAUCAAAGUUAUUCCAGAGCCCCUCAGCCCUCUUACAAGCCCAGUCCGUCAGGUGAAGAAACUACAGCCUCACAGUGCUGAGAAGCAACCACAUGUUAAAAGUCUUAACAAAGAUCUCUCAUCUGUAACAACUGGCUGUAAUGAGGAUGAUGUAAAUGUGGACAUGAACAAGGAGAAUAAAUCACCUGACACAUCUGUCACAGCUCCCUCCUACAAAGGGACAAAAUAUGCCCUCUCCGCUAGUGGAACUGAGAAAGAUGAGCUAGAGGACGGUGAAAUAGUGAGUGAAAGUGAAGAAGAGGGUCCUCUGUUUAUCCAGACUCCUCCAAGAGUAAAGGACAAAUCAACUUUAAGGACUGAUCCAAGUCCAAAGCUAUCUGCAGUUGGGAAAAGAGUGUUCCCAAAGAAAUCUUGCAUCCCUGCUAAAUAUUCAGAGCGAAGCAAGAGUUCAAAGUCAUCUGCUUCUAAUGUCAGUCCCAGCUUAAGUAAAAGACGCUUUAAAACUGUCAGCCCACCAUUGAAAGCAGCCGUCUACACCAUAGACGGAUUCAUGAACAUGUUAAGAUCUAUUCGAGUUGAGUUGAGGAAAAAGUACAUGAAGCUUCAAAAAAAUGUCACUAAAACAGCUUUCUGCUGUAUCGUGGAUAUGUCUCAAGCUUCUUUUAUAGAAUUCAUUAAUGCUGUUGACUUGGAAAAAAUGUGCUGCCAAGGCAAUGGCAUCAAAGUAAGACUUAAUAAAAUAAUUUCAUCUAUCAUGAGCAAGGUCACCAAGAAUGGCAUUGUCAAUCGUAUCUUUGAGCAAAGAGCUGGAGACCUCAAACAGAAGUUGUGGACAUUUGUGGAUGGGCAGUUUGAAUUCUUGUUCAAGGAACUGAACACAACACUCAAAAGUGGAUCUGAGACAUCGAAGAAUGGAUCAUUUGAAAAUAAAAAUGCAACUCUUAAAAGAAAAGAGACUGAAAGUGAGGUAGUGGAAAAAAAAACUUUUAACACACCAGGGCAUCUUCACAGGGCCAAGAUGUCAAAAGUUGACACAGGAAGUUAUGUCAGAGCGGCCCCUCCGAACAAUCUCCCUUGCCGGGGCCUUGGGAGCAGGGGUAAAAACAUCAAAGCUGUCAUGAAUGAAGAUGAUCAGCCGGCAAAGGUGGCAACAUCACAUCAGCCUCCUACUUCAUCCUCUGAAAGGUCUGUCCAUGAAGGUACCUCUGGAUCUGAGACUAGAAUAUCUUCCAAUGUCCAACAUCUCUCCCAUAAUGGAUCGACUCAGGACUUUGAAAUUCUCACCGAGCAGCAAACAACAAGCUUAACCUUCAACUUGGUCUCCGACUCUCAAAUGGGAGAGAUAUUCAAGUGUCUUUUGCAAGGGUCUGAUUUCCUUGAAUCCAGUGUUCCCAUAGGCAACAACACAAGUUGUCCACUCAGCACACCUCGAAAGGAAGGACUUCGAGGGGAGAGUUUGAUUGGGAUUAUGACCCCCAAUAAGACAACCCCAUCUAAAUUCAUCACAUCCUGGCCUUCUAUUUCCCCCUACAAGUUUGCUUCGAAUAACAAAAUGCUAGUAGACCCAGCCAUUCUUGAUGAGAGCUGCUUGUUAGAAGUUCCUUCUAAUUCUGAACCAUGCCGGCUUUCACUUCAGUCAACCGUAAUCCCUCAGAAAUCAUACUCUAUCUUGGCGGAAGAUCUAGCCGUGUCCCUUACCAUUCCCUCACCACUAAAGUCAGAUAGUCAUUUGAGUUUCUUGCACCCUGGAACUGGACAGCCACCGUCUUCCUCAAACAGUGUCCUGAGUGCCCAUUAUAGUGAAGACACUGUUCUUGAUGGAGAAGAUGCCACUGAGCAGGACAUACACCUUUCUCUGGACACUGACAACUCUAGUUGUGGGUCGUGUCCCAGCAGAACAUGGGAGGCCUCUGAUUCACCUGGUUUCCAAUUCCAGCCCAAUUUACCAAUGCAGGCUGUGGUAAUGGAGAGGUCAAAUGAUCAUUUCAUCGUGCGAAUAAGACGAACAUCAUCUGGCCCAUUUAAAAGUAAUCGAAAUGAAGGGAAAGCAGGACCAGUAUCAGCUGAAUGUCAAGAGCCAUUUCUCAAACCUAAUCUCACUCUGACCCAUGAAGACCUGGGUUCCACACCUGGAGAGACAUCGAAUAAAAUCCCAGCUAUAGUAGAUAAGUCCAGUAACAUUUCAGAUAAAGCAAUAGAAGCUCAACAGUCAAGCCAAAAAUCCUCAUCUGAAGGUGUUUGUGAUGAACAAACAUCCCUCAACAAUGAUGAGCAUGUUUCCAAAGAAGCAUGCAUUACUGCACAUGAGAAAAGUAGUGCAACAGAGAGUGAAACAUCAGAGGUGGUGUCAGGAAAAGUAAAGAGCGCCAUUCAGAGCUCACAUGCACCAGAGUCUGAAACCGAGAGGGUGUCAAGGAAAAGCAAGGAACACAGGUCAGCACCAAAGGCAAAGCACCAAAAAGUCAAGAAAUCUCAAGAUAAACAUUCCAAGUCUAGGCAUAAGAAAAGGUCAAAAUCCUCCACAGAAAAACACUCCAAAAUUGCAGUACCUCAGGUGUCCCCUAGCAACCUGUCUGCUAAAAAUGUAAUUAGGAAGAAAGGGGAGGUAGUGGUGACGUGGACCAGGGAUGAAGAUCGGGACAUACUCAUUGAGCUUAAAAUGAGGGGCACUUCACCCAAGACAUUUGGUGCUCUGUCAAAAAGGUUAAAGAAGUCAACAGAGCAGAUCGAGGAGCGAUUCUCUCAACUGAUGAAGCUGUUCAAGAAGAAAGGGAAAAUGGAGAAUUGAACAACAAGAUAGAACUGACUGAACUGGCAAUGGAUGCUAAAUCUCCAUAGGCUUCUAAGGCAGAAAUACAAUACGUUGAAUCUGAAAAUCAGUGUAUUAUUUCUGUUGAGUGUCACCUGUUUGAAAAAGCACUUAAGAAUUUUAACUUAACAAAAGAUCUGCAGUAAAUGAUAUAACCUGUUUAAGAGGCUUAUUUUUUUCUUCUUUGUUAACAUUCAGUGUUAUCAAAUGACCAAAAUGUACAUUUACUUUAGAGCAGACACCAGUUAGGCUACAAUUUUAUUACAUAGAGAAACAUUUGCAAUGUGGCCUGUUCUCAAUUUUACAAUCCCUGUCAAGGACAUAAACAGACACAACAAAGUAAAUAAAUGACAUAAUAUAAAUAAAUAAAAUAAGUUAAUAAUAUUUUCAGUGCAUAAAGCCCUGUACAAUGCCAUACAAUUUACCUGUUCCUUAUUUUGGCAAGUUGGCGAUUCCAAAAUGUACUACUGUUGCUGUUUAGUUUAUGCUGACAAGAUUUUUAUGCGGUUAAAUGAACAAAAAAAAUAUUUGAAGGACAUCAAGUUGACUUGCAGCAUAUGCAAUGCCUUUGAAACCCACCUCUGAAGACUACAAAUGCUUUUAAAUCUUUGACCUAAAUGCUAUAUAUUAUCUGCCAAUAGGUCUCAUGUUUAGGUCACUUAACCCCCAAAUUCCCUUUUGUUUUGUGAGUGAGGUUGGUGUUGGAAUAACAUGGCUGUAAAUGUAGAGGUGGAAAGAAUACUCGUUUGAUUGUUCGGUACACAAUUGUCAGAAUUUGAGUUUUAGAUCUUCCAGUCAUCCCAGAUGCAAUGUGAUAUUUUCAUAUAAAGAGUAACACGUUUUUGUUUGGUAGAUAAUGAGUAAGAGAAUUGUUCCUUUGUGUAUAUAUUUGUAAAGUGGAAUUGAACUGAAAGAUUUUUAUGUUUAAUCUCUUUAAACUAUUUUAUUUUUCUCAAAGAUAGAAAAUUAGAUGUGGAGAAAAUACAUUGUAUGUUGUUUGGAAAUACAUUUUGUAAAUAGCCGUAACUUCUGACAGAUCUCUUUUGAAAUAAAGCUUAUUUAUUUUAAA